AUGGACGGUUCAGGUAAAAUAGCAAUUAAAUAUACUGAGGGAGUGAAGGAAGAUUUAAAACCAGGUGAUGCUCCCUCUGUUCGGGGCUCCGGUGAAGGCUGUGACUCUUGCCUGAAGAGCAUGGGGGACUUCAUCCCACCGGACUACCGGAAUGAGCUCGUACAACUUUUCAAACUAGCGGGACCCGUGAUCAUUUCCCAGUUGAUGGUCUUCAUGAUCAGUUUUGUCAGCACUGUGUUCUGUGGUCACCUGGGAAAAACUGAACUUGCAGGAGUAUCAUUAUCAAUUGCGGUGGUUAAUGUCACUGGUAUUUCCAUUGGCACUGGUUUGUCGUUAACAUGUGAUACCCUCAUAUCUCAGACGUAUGGGAGCGGUAACUUGAAGCGUGUGGGUGUGAUUCUCCAGAGGGGGAUUCUGAUUCUGCUGCUGGCCUGUUUCCCCUGCUGGGCCAUCCUCAUCAACACUGAACCCAUCCUACUUGCUGUCAAACAGAGCCCAGAGGUUGCCAGUCUCUCCCAGCUGUAUGUGAAGAUCUUCAUGCCUGCUCUGCCAGCUGCUUUCAUGUACCAGCUUCAAGGGAGGUAUCUUCAAAAUCAGGGAAUUAUAUGGCCUCAGGUUAUAACUGGAGUGAUUGGAAAUGUCUUCAACGCAAUAAUCAACUACGUCUUCCUCUACCGUCUGGAUUUGGGCGUUGCUGGAUCUGCGGCAGCCAAUGCUAUCUCACAGUAUUUGCUGGCUGUGUUCUUAUACGUUUACAUCUGCUGUAGAGGUCUGCAUAAGGCCACAUGGGGAGGUUGGUCACUGGACUGUCUGCAAGAGUGGGGUCCGUUCGUCCAGCUGGCCAUCCCAAGUAUGCUUAUGCUUUGUCUGGAGUGGUGGAUGUUUGAGGUGGGAGGAUUCCUGGCGGGACUGAUUAGUGAGGCUGAGCUGGGAGCUCAGUCCAUAAUAUAUGAGCUGUCAGUUGUAGCUUACAUGUCACCACUUGGGUUUGCUGCUGCUGCCAGUGUGCGGGUUGGAAAUGCUCUUGGUGCAGGAAACAUAGAGCAGGCCAAGCUAUCCUCCAAAGUCCCUAUCAUUUGUGCAUUCAUAAUUGCAGGUUUUGUUGGAGCCAUUCUCAGCAUUGCCAGAAAUGUUGUUGGAUACAUUUUCACAUCAGAGCAAGACAUUUUGCAGAGGGUUGCUGAUGUCAUGAUCAUAUUUUCUUUCAUGCAUCUUGCUGAUGCCGUUGCGGGUGUGACUGGAGGUGUUCUCAGAGGAGCAGGAAAACAGUUGAUUGGUGCUCUGUGUAAUCUCGUGGGAUACUACUUCAUUGGCUUUCCUAUUGGUGUGUCCCUGAUGUUUGCAGCAAAAAUGGGCAUUAUAGGACUAUGGACAGGACUUACCAUUUGUGUGUUAAUGCAAUCCAUUUUCUUCGUCACAUUUAUGUACAAACUCGAUUGGAAGAAGGCUGCUGAAGAGGCUCUUGUGAGAGCAGGAGUCCAGAUCAAAGAAGAAAAAGAGGUGGUUGCUGUGGAAAAUAUAGACUCGAAUCAUAACCGGGCUCAGGUCAAUAUUACUGCAUCGAGUUGUGAGGCUGCUGAGGAGGAUUACACGUGCCAGGAAAUGCAAAUUCCAGGCCAGAAUAUAUCCACUACCACCACGGUAGGAGACGUCCUGUCAAUAACACAGCUGGUUUUACGACGUGGCCUCUCAUUGCUGCUCAUGAUCGGCAUCCUCGUCGCUGGAGUCGUGGCCAGCAACGUCCUCGUUAGGCUGCUGAAAUGAGUCUUCUGAUGAUGUAAAGUUGGCAGCCAGAAUGAUGGUUGUCAGGAGUGAUAGCAUAGGUCCAUUAAACAGCACUUAUAUUAUAACAAAAUAUAUGUUAACCCUGCUUCCCAUGUAGUUUGAAAGGGUUACUUGUGCUGUUGAUCCCACUGAGGAUCAACACCUGAGUCUGUAGCUUUGUGCAGCCUUUAGUCAACAAAAUUCUCAUAUAUAAGAUGAUAGCCACACUUGGCAGAGAGAUUAAAAAAAAGACAUACGGUUGGAAUAGCUAGAAAGCCAAAAGUGACCGACAAUGAGUAUUGUACUUAUUCAACAAAUGCAACAAAAAGGGCUUUAAUUGCAUGUACAUGUUCUGUGUCUGUAAAAUGUUUGAGUAACACCAUGCAGGUGCUUGCCUACAUCAUAGCAAUACCAAAUUUGAUUUGAUUGAUGUAGUACAUAAUGUUUUGGAGUCAACUUGUGACCCCUAGAGGGGGGAAAUGUUACUUUAUGAAAAAUUUGCUCAGGCAUGCAAGGUUUGCCUGAAUGUUCAAAUAUUAUGUCUGAAUCACCAUAACAAGCACUAAGAGUAUGGUGCUGUACCUGUUAAUGAAAACAUUGUAAUGUUUACACUCUAUGUCUAGAGUUCAAGUGAAUUUAAAGUGCAGACAUUUAAAGGUGGGGUAAGUGAUUCUGGAGAA